UUCUCUUGGCUUUAGUCGUCCUUUUCCAGAGCGCAUCGUGUUAGUCUUUUAGACACCAAUUUGUUUCUAUACAAAGCCAUUGUCGUAUUCAUAUUUUGGCGUGUGUUUUAGGAACAGCAACAAAAUGCCGAAGUGUCCAGGGUGUAAGAAAGAAGUAUAUUUUGCUGAAAAAGUAACGUCUCUUGGGAAAGACUGGCAUAGACCUUGUUUGAGAUGUAAAAAAUGCAACAAAGUUCUGACACCUGGCUCUCAUGCAGAGCACGAAUCUUUCCCAUACUGCAAUAAACCAUGUUACGGGGCGCUGUUUGGGCCUGGAGGUUUCGGACAUGGCGGCACGGAGUCACAUAAAUACUAACACAGUUUUGAGAUGGUGGCAUUCAAGAUGGAAAUCCGGAUAAAACUGACAGAGAAUCGGACAUAAACUUCAGCUAUAGAAUUAGUAUCUUAUUACAUUAGCAUUUAACUUAUUUUAAACCCUUUAUAACGCACGUAUUUUUAUAUAAAGCUACAAAACGAGCAGA